GAGUGAGGAGUUUGUUCACGAAGAAACCUAUUGAAUUUUUCGCCCAUGGCAGUUCAGAAAACGUAAAUAACAAUAAUCUGGAUUGUGGAAGGGAACGAAUUUUUAAGUAAAACGCCCGUUUUAUGACACAUUUGAGGGCGCCGGUCAUGGAUAAGGAAAGGUGGUCCACGAGAUGGAAAACGAAAAAGUGUCUCAGGAACUCCGCUAUCACCGCUAUCAUCAGUCUAACCUUUGUCCUGCAGACAGCACAUGUGAGAGCAGCUGAAUCAGUGGACGUGCUCAAGGUCUUAGAUUUUAAAAGUUCACCUGAAGGAAUAAAGAAAACACAAGGCUUCUGCACCAUACGGAGAGGAUCCAAACCAGAUGUUGCCUACCGAGUGGACAAACGGGCGCAACUCAGUACCCCGACCAAACAGCUGUUCCCAGGAGGAGUGUUCCCUCAGGAUUUCUCCAUCCUUAUGACCAUCAAGCCAAAAGUGGGAGUGCAGUCCUUCCUGUUGUCAAUAUACAACGAGCAGGGCAUCCAGCAGUUGGGUGUGGAGGUGGGCCGCUCUCCGGUCCUUUUGUAUGAGGAUCAGCAUGGGAAACCAGCUCCUGAGGAUUACCCGCUGUUCCGUGCCAUUAACCUCGCAGAUGGAAAAUGGCACCGUGUGGGUAUUAGCAUAGAGAAGAAUACUGUCACUAUGAUUGUGGACUGUAAGAAGAAGAUCACCAAACCACUCAACAGAAAUGACCACGCAAUCAUUAAUACCAAUGGCAUCUCUGUCUUCGGUACCAGAAUCCUGGAUGAGAAUGUUUUUGAGGGUGACAUCCAGCAGCUUCUUUUGGUGGCGGACCCCCGUGCUGCCUACGACUACUGUGAACACUACAGCCCUGACUGCGAAACUCAACACAAGGAUACACCACAGGCUCAGGAACCCGAGGAGGAGUAUAAUCCUGAAUACACGGAUUAUGGUGACUUCUAUGAAUACAAAGACGAAUUGACAGCCACUGAUGUUCCCACUGAUGAGGACAAUACUGAUACCAAGCCCAGCACUGCUCAUACUGACUACUAUGUUGAACAGGACUAUGGCACUGAGGCCCCUUCCAUUCCUCUUCCAACUAAUGAGAAUGCAGAAAACAAGGAGGAAAUAAUGUAUGACUACACUACAGGAGCAGAAGAAGUUGGAGUGGAUCCUACUGUUGGCGCCAAUGAAAAUGCGCAACUUCUUGAGUCCAAAAGCAAUAAUGAGGGCGACAUUCAGGACUUUAAGGAAUAUGACAUUAAUGAAUAUGAGGCAAAAGAGAUAGACCCCAACAAUUAUGACGAUUCAUUUUAUGAAUUCAAUACGAAUGGAGCCAAACCCACCAGUUCUGCUUAUGAGGACGAGUUUGGUCCAGGCCGACCCGCUGAAACAGAGGUCACAGAGAGCAAUGUUGGUGGCGGCUAUGGUGGUGAAAAGGGGCAAAAAGGUGAACCUGCAGUCAUUGAGCCGGGGAUGCUUAUAGAGGGACCCCCAGGACCACCAGGGCCCGGCGGCCUCCCCGGCACACCAGGUACACAAGGCUCCCCAGGCACCCACGGAGAUCCCGGUGAGAGAGGAUCUCCAGGUCGUCCCGGUUUGCCAGGCGCAGAUGGAGCUCCAGGGCCCUCUGGCACCAUCCUCAUGCUACCGUUCCGAGCUGGUGGAGAAGCUAUGAAAGGUCCAGUGGUGACAGCACAAGAAGCUCAGGCCCAAGCUAUCCUCGCCCAGACCCGGUUGACAAUGAGAGGACCACCUGGUCCAAUGGGAUUGUCAGGACGCUCGGGCCCUUUGGGUGUUCCUGGUUCACCUGGUGCUAAAGGAGACUCUGGAGAUUCUGGCCCACAGGGACCAAGAGGACUUCAGGGUCCUACCGGAGUACCUGGAAAACCAGGCAAGCGGGGCCGAAAUGGAGCGGACGGAGCCAGAGGAAUCCCUGGUGAAGCUGGGAACAAGGGAGAUCGAGGAUUUGAUGGACUUCCAGGUCUACCUGGUGAGAAAGGACAUAGGGGUGAGGCGGGUCACAUUGGUCUGCCAGGCUCUCCGGGAGAGGACGGACCAAGGGGUGAGGAUGGUGAGAUUGGACAAAGGGGAAUGCCAGGAGAGAGUGGUCCAAGAGGUCUGCUCGGCCCGAGAGGAGCUGCUGGUACCUCUGGACAGCGUGGUCUUCCUGGAUUGGAUGGACAACCUGGCCCUAAGGGAAAUAUGGGUUCUCAAGGAGAACCUGGACCCCCUGGGCAACAGGGUAACCCCGGUCCACACGGUCUGCCUGGUCCUCAAGGCCCGAUCGGCCCACCUGGAGAGAAAGGUCCCGGUGGGAAACAGGGGCUGCAAGGCCUGGGUGGUGCAGAUGGGCCUCCUGGUCACCCUGGGAAAGAAGGUCCUGCCGGCGAGAAGGGAGCAGCUGGUCAUCCAGGCCCCCAGGGGUCCAUUGGCUAUCCUGGCCCCCGAGGUGUAAAGGGUGCAGAGGGGGUCCGCGGCCUGAAGGGCCACAAAGGUGAAAAGGGAGAGGAUGGUUUUCCUGGGUUUAAAGGUGACAUGGGCAUCAAGGGCGACAAGGGAGAGGUCGGUGUGUUGGGCUCUAGAGGAGAAGACGGACCAGAGGGCCCGAAAGGUAAAUCAGGUCCCAAUGGAGAGGCUGGACCCAUAGGCACGGCUGGAGAAAAGGGAAAACUUGGAGUUCCAGGAUUGCCUGGAUACCCAGGAAGACAAGGUCCUAAAGGCUCUAAUGGCUUCGCUGGAUUCCCUGGAGCCAACGGAGAGAAAGGAGGACGGGGUAUUGCUGGCAAAGCAGGUCCAAGAGGACAGCGAGGUCCAACGGGUCCCCGCGGUGGAAGAGGUGCCAGAGGUCCAACCGGAAAACCAGGAGCAAAGGGGACAUCUGGAAAUGACGGACCACCUGGUGGUCCUGGAGAGAGAGGACCCCAAGGACCUCAGGGCCCUGUUGGAUUAGCAGGCCCUAAAGGCCCACCUGGACCUCCUGGAAAGGAUGGAUUGCCCGGUCACCCAGGGCAGCGAGGAGAGACAGGUUUCCAAGGAAAGACUGGACCUCCUGGACCUGGAGGUGUUGUUGGCCCACAGGGCCCUACGGGUGAAACUGGUCCUGUUGGAGAGAGAGGCCAUCCCGGAUCACCAGGGCCCCCUGGAGAGCAAGGUCUUCCUGGCGCUGCUGGCAGGGAAGGUGGAAAGGGUGAUCCAGGCCCUAUGGGGCUUUCUGGGAAGCCAGGUCCUGGCGGGCUGAAAGGGUUUCCAGGACAAAGGGGUCUUCCUGGUGCGGCGGGUCCAGCUGGCCUGAAGGGAGGCGAGGGUCCACAAGGUCCACCCGGUCCCUUUGGUUCUCCAGGAGAGAGAGGACCAGCUGGACCUGGAGGACCCAUCGGUCUAACAGGACGUAAUGGCCCUCAGGGACCCCCAGGACCCGCUGGAGAGAAAGGUGGUCCGGGUGAAAAAGGACCUACUGGUCCCGCUGGUCGAGAUGGCAUCCAAGGUCCAGUUGGUCUCCCGGGCUCAGCCGGACCUCAGGGAUCACCUGGAGAGGAUGGUGACAAGGGAGAGGUCGGAGAGCCGGGUCAGAAGGGAGGCAAAGGUGAUAAAGGCGAACACGGUCCCCCAGGUCCAUCGGGUCCUCAGGGUGUCAUUGGAGCUCCAGGACCUGCUGGAAGUGAUGGAGAGUCAGGUCCCAGAGGUCAGCAGGGAAUGUUUGGACAGAAGGGAGAUGAGGGUCCUCGUGGUUUCCCAGGUCUUCCCGGUCCCAUCGGAUUGCAGGGUUUGCCAGGCCCACCCGGUGAGAAGGGAGAGAAUGGAGAUGUUGGCUCUAUGGGUCCACCUGGUCCUCCAGGUCCCAGAGGUCCUCAAGGCUCUAGCGGAGCAGAUGGUGCUCCUGGUCCUCCCGGCGGUAUCGGUUCAAUGGGUGGAAAUGGCGAAAAGGGUGAAACUGGUGAGGCAGGUAACCCAGGACCGCCUGGAGAGUCCGGUGCAGGAGGACCCAAAGGUGAAUUUGGAGAGAAAGGAGAAGCUGGGCCUCCUGGAGCUGCAGGACCUGCCGGUGCAAGAGGACCUCCUGGAGAUGACGGCCCUAAAGGAAACCCAGGACCUAAUGGCUUCCCCGGAGAUUCAGGUCCACCCGGUGAGCCGGGCGUUGGUGGACUUGAUGGUCUUCCUGGAGACAAGGGAGAUGAUGGAGAGUCCGGUCAGCCUGGUCCACCUGGUCCAUCUGGUGAAGCCGGUCCUCCAGGACCCCCCGGAAAGCGAGGUCCUGCUGGCCCAGCGGGUACAGAAGGCAGACAAGGAGAGAAGGGUGCCAAGGGAGAAUCAGGAGCAGAGGGACCAGUGGGCAAAACUGGGCCUGUGGGCCCACAGGGAUCUCCUGGAAAGUCUGGUGCUGAGGGGUUACGUGGUAUCCCUGGGCCUGUGGGUGAGCAGGGACUUCCUGGUGCCGCUGGCCGAGAUGGUCCUCCUGGGCCAUUGGGUCCUCCUGGUCUUCCGGGUUUGAAGGGUGAUCCUGGUACGAAGGGUGAGAAGGGUCACCCAGGUCUGAUUGGUCUUAUCGGUCCUUCUGGUGAGUCAGGAGAGAAGGGUGACAGGGGACUGCAGGGUCCUCAGGGACUGGGUGGAGGAAAGGGUGAUGCUGGUCCUAUUGGUGGUUCUGGUCCACUUGGUCCCCCAGGUCCUCCUGGUAUUCCUGGCACUCAAGGACAAAAGGGAUCCAAAGGAUCAUUUGGUGCAGCUGGUCAGAAGGGAGAGCCUGGUUUGAUUGGACCACCAGGACCUCCGGGUCCAGCUGCUGACAUCAUCCAGUCCCUCCCCAUCCAAGCCAAUAAAAAAUCCAGGAGGUCAGCUGACAUGCAGGGUGACGAUGCAGAGGGAGUGAUGGACUUUGGCAUGGAGGGAAUGGAGGAUGUGUUUGGCUCCCUCAACAACCUGAAGCAAGACAUUGAACUCAUGAAGUUCCCAUUGGGAACCCAGGACAACCCAGCCAGAACCUGCAAGGACCUGCAGCUCAGCCAGCCAGACUUCCCAGAUGGACAAUACUGGAUCGAUCCCAAUAUGGGAUGCACAGGAGAUGCCUUCAAAGUGUACUGUAAUUUCACAGCUGGAGGAGAAACCUGCAUCUACCCCGAUAAGAAGUCCUCGGGGGUUAGAAUAUCAAACUGGCCAAAGGAGUCGCCCGGAUCUUGGUUCAGUGAAUUCAAGCGUGGAAAAAUCCUGUCCUAUGUGGAUGUCGUGGAGAGCUCCAUCAACUCGGUCCAGAUGACGUUCCUCAAGUUGCUCAGCUCUUCUGCCCGGCAGAACUUUACUUACGUAUGCCAUCAGUCCGUGGCUUGGUAUGACGCCAAGGCUGACAACUAUGACAAGGCGCUGCGUUUCCUGGGCUCUAAUGAUGAGGAAAUGUCCUAUGACAACAACCCCUUCAUCAAGGCUCUUUCAGACGGCUGCUCGAUGAGGCAGGGAUAUUCGAAGUCUGUGAUGGAAAUUAACACCCCUCGCAUCGACCAGGUGCCCAUCAUCGACGUCAUGUUAAAUGACUUUGGAGAUGCGAAUCAAAGGUUUGGUUUUGAGGUAGGCCCUGUCUGCUUCCUCGGCUAAAGGACACCACCACGGGCCAAGGUCAAGGAGUGCGGCCAGCCAAGAGCCUCCCACCCCUUUCUUGCGCCACAAAUACACACCAGCACCCUCACUAUGUAAUCUGAAAUGUUCAUUGAGCAUUUGAAACACGUGUUAAAUUGUGGGAGAGGACUUGAACUGUCUGGUGGACCGUGGCGCACUAUUAGGAGAAGAAAGAGGUUUCAUUCCUUUAUCUUCUCACCACAUCAUCCAACCUAGAACCUGUAGGAUUUCUUUUCCCCAUUUCCAAACCCAUUUUUAUUCACCACUUUUUGAUUCCGUUCCAACCUCGACAUCAGCACCACUUUUUUUAAAUCCCUUAAUCCUGAUUUAAUUCCCAAUCCUGCUUCUAGUUCCUAUAUUCCUUAUGGAUCUUCCUCUUGGUGCUGCUUGGUGAAAGACAACCACGGUGGUGUGUAAACACCCAAAUACCUACGGUGCUAUUAAAAAAAGUGCAUUUUUGCUAAAACUGUAAUUAUUAUUUUGUACAAUACUGUUCUUUUUGCCUUUAAAUUCUUGCAUGAAUCAGAAUUGAUUUGAAGAAAUAUUGAUAUCCAUAAAGAGACAUCUCUGGGUAUCUGUUUUCGUGUUUGGAAAUGAUCAGUAAAAUAGCAUUCUUAACAAGGUGUCCCUGUCAACUUAAUAAAAGCAAGCAUAUCAAACCAUCCAUUUUUGUAAUUAUAAAGCAUCUGUUUUUGUAAAUAUUGACCAAUCCAAGCACUAGGAGUCUCCACUCUAUCCAGGAAUUAUGGGUAUAUAGCUGUGUCUAAUGUAGAAUGAAGGAACAGUGUUGUCUCUUUGAAGUCUGCAGAUUUCCACUAGCGUUUGAUGUUCACAAGUGGUAGCAAUGAUGCUGUGGUAAUCAAUGACUCCACAAUACAAAAUAUACUUGAUGAUGAGUAACACAAUGUCGGAUUGAAUUUCUUCCCAGUAUACCUCAGUGUCGUAAAGUGUCAAAUUAAAAGAUGUUCAACCCUGUACAUACAGAGCCUUGGUUGGAUGAUCAAGUUUAUAUAUUUGAGACAGGAACAUUUUAAAUAAAAUGGGUGUUUGUUAA